CGCGGGCGGCGCCCGCUCAUUUCCUCCCAGCGGCGGGUAGGGGCGGCCGCUGUUGGCGCCGCGCCUCCGCUCCGGCCUUAGGCCGCCUGCUCUGCCCCCGCCCCGAGCAACGAGGUGGGUGCCUGCGCCUCCCUCUUCGCUGAGGACCUUGCGGCGUUGCCCUAUGCCCUGCACCUCUUCUCCUUUCUGGACUCUUCUAGGCCGCCGCUCCGGCGCUCCCCCUCCGGUGUGAGGCGCUUCCCUCUGAGGGCCGCGCCGUCUCGUAAGGCGCUCCCUCUUCCCUUUCCUCGGGUUUCUUCUCCUCAGCCGCCGCCGCCCCCCGGGGGCUGUUGCCCGCCAUGAGUUACGGGCGUCCGCCGCCGGACGUGGAGGGCAUGACGUCCCUCAAGGUGGACAACCUGACCUACCGUACUUCCCCGGACACGCUCCGGAGGGUCUUCGAGAAGUACGGCCGUGUGGGCGACGUCUACAUCCCGCGGGACCGCUACACCAAGGAGAGCCGCGGCUUCGCCUUCGUUCGUUUCCACGACAAACGCGAUGCCGAAGAUGCCAUGGAUGCCAUGGACGGGGCCGUGCUGGACGGCCGCGAGCUCCGAGUGCAGAUGGCCCGUUACGGCCGUCCCCCUGACUCGCACCAUAGCCGGCGGGGCCCGCCGCCGCGCCGCUACGGGAGCAGCGGCUACGGCCGCCGCAGCCGCAGCCCUAGAAGACGCCGUCGCAGCCGAUCUAGAAGCAGGAGCCGCUCUAGAUCCCGCAGUCGGUCCCGUUACAGUCGAUCCAAAUCCCGGUCUCGCACACGCUCUCGGUCUCGCUCCACCUCCAAGUCCAGGUCUGCCAGGAGAUCCAAAUCAAAGUCCUCAUCUGUCUCCAGAUCCCGGUCCAGGUCUAGAUCCCGGUCCAGAUCUAGAAGCCCUCCCCCAGCCUCAAAGAGGGAAUCCAACUCUAGAUCCAGAUCUAAGAGCCCUCCUAAGUCUCCGGAAGAAGAAGGAGCUGUAUCCUCCUAGGAGCAUGCUGCGGUCUCCUGUUUGCUAAAAGAAUAUUGGCCAGUAUUGCAGAUUUUAACUGAUUUGGCUGAUCCUCCAGGGACCAGUUUCUGUGGGCGUGUAUUGGAGCAGGUUUGUCUUUAACUGUUAAAGAUACACUAUCCUUUUAUAACGGAAGAUCGGUUCAGUGGCCGUUAAACUGACUGGAGGUAAUAACUGUUCUAGAAAAGUGGCAAAUUGCAACGAGAAAACCACGGAAACUAGGUUUUUUCCUCAAGUUGACAUCUUGAAGAGGCUUCUAAGGAUACACACCGGGUGGGGAAAGGAUAGUGUGUCUUUAACCCUUCAAACUGUUUGGUCCUGUUUUUGAAAGGAAAGGGCCUAAGCUAGAAUUGAAGUUAGAUAACUGUAGCAAAAUUAGUCACCUUUUGUGUUUUGAAUGCUACUUAGAGUUUAGUUAAGUCUUUAAGAAAUACUAGUUUUAUAACUUUUAUAUAACUUUUCAUAAUCUAUUGUUGAACAGGCUGAAUUGAAGUUAAUGGUGGCUUGAUCUCCAGCCUGAUGCUUACUCUUCUUUGUAACUACAUAUUCUGAUACAGAACCUUGCAUUUGGCCUCUGAAGUAAAGCAACACAUUUGGGGGGGGAGGUGGAGCACUAUGGAAAUUCCUAAAGCUUAAUUAAAUUAGGCAAAGCCAGUUGAAACACAACUAGGAGUAUACCUGAAGUCAUCCCCACAACCAAGAGAGACAAGGUAGAAACCUGGCUGAACUUUUCUUUCUUCAAACCUAGAUGCAUCACAUAAAUGAGAGCUUCCAUAAAGGACGCCUUUGGGGGGAAAGGAUCGCUUGAGUCUUCAGUCCCUUGGAGAGCCCUGGCCCGAGCAACCAGCUGAUGAAAAGGUUAUUUUGUAACAUUUUGUCUAACUUUUUACUUGUUUAAGUUGCGCCUCAAGUGGCAGAUUUUACAUUUUAUGUGCCAUUUUGUUGCUGUUAUUCAAAUUUCUUGUAAUUUAGUGAAGUGAACGACUACCGAUUUCAUUAUUGGCUUGGAUAUUUGAGGUAAAACUUCAUUUUUGUUUAUAUAGUGCUGACUUCUAUUUCAAAUUAAAACUGAUGGUAACUUGCUGCCUCCAGUUUCAUACUGAGGAAACGGGCAGCCAUUACAUGCUGAGUAGCUAACUCUUGUCAAAAACGACUUUCAAUUUUGUCUUCAUUCCUUAAAUAAAACCCUGCCAGACUUCAAUUUGAAACUUAACUGUAAAUGCUUUUUUUUUUUAAUUAUUAUUACUUUGACUUUAAAUAGUAUCUUUAAAUUCAAAUUGAUAGAAAUCUUUUCAGGUGACAGUUAAUAUUUGAAAAGGAUUGUUUUAUCAGCCUCAAUUCUAAUCUCUUCUCUUAUGUAUUUUUGUGCACUAGGCGCAGUUGUGUAGCAGUUGAGUAAUGCUGGUUAGCUGUUAAGGUGGCGUGUUGCAGUGCAGAGUGCUUGGCUGUUUCCUGUUUUCUCCUGAUUGCUCCUGUGUAACGAUGCCUUGUCGUGCAGAAACAAAUGGCUGUCCAGUUAAUUAAAAUGCCUGACAACUGCACUUCCAGUCACCCGGGCCUUGCGUAUAAAUAAUGGAGCAUACAGUGAGCACAUCUAGCUGAUGAUAUACACACCUUAUUUUUUCCAGAAUGGUAAAACUUUACCAACCUACAUAUAUGAACUUAUAUAUACGAGAAAUGUAAUGUUAAGACAAAAAAUGGUUCAUUCCUUUGUAAGUACUGAUUGGUGUAUCUUUUGCUUAAGACAUUCUGUACUAUACCCACUGUCUCUGUAGUUAAUAUUAAACGUUUUUUCUGUGUUAACUUUUCUCAA